AUGCCCAAGCUCAUCGCAGCUGCUUCAGAGUCUGCUUUCUUCGAGGAAACCUGUGCGUUGCCGACGGCUGCCGCAGGCUGGCGUUCGACGGGGCCACGCCGAUCCGGAGACUUUCUCACGAGCUUCAAGGACUCCAAGGACACUCCAGACUGGUUCAAGGAUCCAGACAAGUUCUCGCCAUGGACCUGGCGGAAGCAGCACAACUAUUUUCUCGACCGCGGCGCAAAGUUUAUGAUGGUGUACAAGACGCCCACUAUCGUAAGCACGGAUUUGUUUGACUUGGAGAAGUAUGGCUGCUUUCAAGUUCGCGGAUUCCAAGGCGGAGAAGGCCUCGGCUACUUUGCCAAAGCUGCCGCGAGUGCAGUAGGCAUGAAGCAGGAACACUUGAAAAAGUGGUGGAUCCAUCCACGGAUAGAGUUCUCAUCUCCGGUGUCGCGCAUUGGCGUGCGUCUUCAAGAUAUGACCACUGGCGAGCUGAGGUGGGACGCAAUCUACGACUUGGGCAAAGCUGCCUGGAAAAGGCAGCAGCCUGGGGAGAAGGCGAGCUGCUCCAAAGACGGGUGGCACCUGUGUGAGGAUGAGGAACCGGUGGGCGGUGAACACCCCUUCUUCCUACCGGACUGGUGUCCUGGCCCGAACGAUGGCAUGUCCCACAAGUACCUUCUCACUGUGAGCAAUCUGAGUUCACGCGAUUCGCCCGAGCAGCCCUUGGUCGGAGAGAUGCUCUUCACACAGUAUGGGAUCAACCAGUUGGACAACACGUAUGCCUUCGAAAUGCAUGCGCCGCUGAAUGCGAAGGAUCAAGCUCGUUUCAACGAGAUCCAAGGCUCACGCAAGAAGGACGCCAUCUCCAGGAUAACUGGCCGCACAGGCAUGCCCGAGGGCAUGGCGAUGGAUCUGGCUCGUGGCAAGGUCCCGAAGAAGCUGGACACACUGAAAAAGGCCAAGAACUUCAAGCCACCCAAAGAUGCAAGCGCUGCAGGCUUCGCAAAGAGCAAGAUGGGCAACAGCUCGUAUGGCAAGAUGCUGGACAACAAAGACUUUGCCAAAACUUUGGCUUGA